AUGGCAAUGAUAGAUAAUAAAACACUAUGUUUUAAAUGUAAUAAAAAUAAAAUAACAUAUCCUUGUGAAGGAUGUUCACAGUACUUUUGUUUAAUGGAUUUAACAGAACAUCGUCAAAUAUUAAAUGAUGAACUAAAUCAUAUUAUUAAUGAUUAUGAUCAAUUUAAAACAAGAUUUAAUGAACAAAAACCGAAUUCAGAUGAUCUUUCUCUAAUAAAUCAAAUUAAUCAAUGGGAAAUAAAUUCAAUUGAGAAAAUUAAACAAAAAGCAAAAGAUUGCAUGGAAAUUGUCAUUGAAUGUUCACAAACAUUUUUGAACGAUAUUGAAAGGGAAUUUAAUGAUUUAAAUGAACAAAUUCAAAAAGAAAAUGAAUUUAAUGAAAUUAAUUUAGAAUAUUUAAGAAAUCAAUUAAUGAAAAUGACACAAGAAUUAAAUCAUCCAUCAAGUAUUUCUAUUCAACAAAAUUUACAACCGUUUAUUAAUGAUAUUUCAAUCAUUUUAUCAAAAAAUAAAAAGAAAAAUAUCUUCAUUGCUGAUUCUUAUAAUCAUCGUAUUGUUGAAUGGAAAUGUGAUGCAGAAGAAGGGCAAAUCAUUACAGGUGGAAAUGGGCAAGGAAAUCGAAUAGAUCAAUUAAAUCGGCCAGCAGAUGUAAUUGUUGAUCAACAAAAUCAUUCGAUCAUCAUUGUUGAUUCUUUGAACAGACGAGUGAUUCAGUUGUUGAAUCAAAAUGCACAAAUUCUAAUUGAUAAUAUUAUUUGUUUGGGCUUGACAAUGGAUAAAUAUGGAUUUCUUUAUGUUUCUGAUUUUUGGAACAAUGAAGUGAGACGAUGGAAAAUGGGAGAAUACAACAACGAAGGAAUUAUAGUAGCUGGUGGAAAUGGCAGAGGAAAUCAACAUAAUCAACUCGAUCGUCCUACUUCUAUCUUUGUUGAUGACGAUCAAUCUGUUUAUGUAUCAGAUUUGCUCAAUCAUCGUGUAAUGAAAUGGAGAAAAGAUGCAAAAGAAGGAAGAAUCGUGGCUGGAGGAAAUGGUCAAGGAAGAAAUCUCAGUCAAUUGUCAGGACCUCGAGGAGUAAUUGUUCAUGAUUUGGGUCAAAUUUAUGUGGCGGAUAGUGGAAAUGAUCGAGUAAUGCUUUGGUGCGAAGGAAACGAAGAAGGUGAAAUUGUUGUUCGUGGAAAUGGUCAAGGAAAUCAAUCAAAUCAAUUGAAUCAUCCUAGUGGUUUAUUUUUUGACGAUGAAAGAAAUCUUUAUGUUGCUGAUGAAUUGAAUCAUCGAAUAGAAAAGUUUGAAAUAAUUUUGUGA